AUGGCCCAUAAUAUAAUUGUAAGACAUUUUUUGAGGCGUAAGGAUUUAUCUGUAUUGUUAUGUCCAAACGUGAAACAAAUAACACCAGCGAAUACAAUUCUUAAACAAAUAAUUCGCACUGUUUCCUACGACUCUAUAUAUCAACGCGGGAUAGAUUAUAAAAAAAUAUGUUGCAAUAAUCGAUUUUAUUCAAUAAACGCGGUAACAAAAACGGACGAAGAGUAUAUAACUGAGAACAAAAUUACCAUUGUGGGUGAAGACGUCCCUAGUCCAUACAGAGAUAUCGAUGCGAGUGACUUUCCGGAUUAUAUUAAAUCUUUUUUGAAAGAACAAGGCAUCACCACACCCACAGCAAUACAAUCACAAGGGUGGCCAAUUGCAUUAGCUGGAAAUAACUUUGUUGGUAUUGCACAAACUGGUACUGGGAAAACAUUGGCAUUUCUUUUACCAGCCCUUGUACAUUUAAAGGAACAUAAGGCUCGGCGAGGAAGAGGCCCGAGAGUUUUAAUUUUGGCUCCAACUAGAGAGCUCGCUAGACAAAUUGAAGUGGUUGCGAAGCAAUUUGAAAGGCCAUUAAAUAUCCGUUGUUUGUGCAUUUAUGGAGGAGUUAGUAGAGGAAACCAAGCAAAUGAACUCCGAUCAGGAAUUGAUAUUCUUAUUGCAACACCCGGUAGAUUGAAUGAUUUCAUUGAUAGUAAAGUGACUAACCUCUCUAAAUGUACUUAUGUUGUCUUGGAUGAAGCUGAUAGGAUGUUGGAUAUGGGAUUUGAGCCCCAGAUAAGAAAAGCUCUCGAAGGUGUUCCUUUUGAAAGACAAAUAUUGAUGUUUUCUGCUACAUGGCCUAAGGAGGUGCAACAUUUGGCAAAAGAUUAUCUAGGAAAAUUUGUACAAGUUAAUGUUGGUUCAACUGAUUUGACGGCGAAUCACAAUAUUACACAAAACUUCUAUAUUGUGGAUUAUGAGGAGAAAUUACAAAAAUUCCAGGAAAUAAUGCAUGAGAUAUCAGGAAAAGGUAAAAUUUUAGUAUUUGCAAACACUAAAAGAUUUGUUGACAAUUUAACACUCAGACUACGGAGGAAUCAGUGGCCAGCUGUCGGCAUACACGGAGACAAGACACAGCUCCAAAGAGAUGUUAUCAUCAACAAAUUCAGAAGUGGUAGUAGCAAUAUUCUUGUUGCCACUGAUGUUGCAGCGAGGGGCUUAGAUGUUGAUGGAAUCACACAUGUUGUAAAUUACGAUUUUCCAAACACUCCCGAGGACUAUAUUCAUAGGAUCGGAAGAACUGGUCGCUCCCAAAAUAAAGGUGUCUCAUACACUUUGUUGACCAGUGAAGAUGCCAGACAUGCUAGAGACCUAAUAGCUGUAUUAAAGGAAGCCAAACAGGAAAUACCACACGAAUUAGAGUAUUUGGCGAGAGAUUUUCAAAAUAAUAAGAUUAUUGAAAAACGCAUGAAACAAAAGCCGAAGUCAAGAAGUAACUUCAGGAACAACAGAAGAUGGCAGAAGUAUGACAGAGAGGAUUAUUAUUAA